UUUCCCCCAAAAAAUCAUUCCGUGAACACUGAUGAAAAACUGCUGCCCAUAAGUCAACUAUGGCAUAGGAAUGGAAAAUGUCCAAAAAAUACUGUUCCGAUAAGAAGAACAACAAGGGAAGAUCUCUUACGAUGGGGUUCCGUCGAAAGUUACGGAAAAAAGGAUGGAAGUUAUAGCUUCCGUAAGCAUCGAUCUCACCUAACAAAUACACCUACACCCAGCCAAGGUGAAUCGCAUGAGUAUGCCGUGAUGCAUGCGGAGGAGGGAGUAUAUCACGGGGCCGAGGUCCAUGUCAAUCUGUGGAGACCACUCGUCGAAGACCGAGAGGAAUUCAGUUUGGCCCAGAUGUGGCUUUUGGCCGAAGGGGAGACUGAAGACGAUCUGAACACGAUCGAAGUUGGUUGGCAGGCGUAUCCAAAACUUUACGGUGAUGAUAUCCCCAGGUUCUUUGUUUUCUGGACUCCUGAUAAUUACCGCACGGGAUGCCACAACCUCUUGUGUCAUGGCUUCGUUCAAACUACCGAGCAUUACGGAGUUGGAACAUCCUUCCAAUAUUUCUCGGCUUACGGUGGUAUGCAAUAUUUAAUGACCGUAAAAGUAGAGAAGGAUCCCGUGAGCGGAGAUUGGUGGCUGACAUUCAACGGGGAGAAAAUCGGGUUUUGGCCGAAGGGGAUCUUUACAAAUAUGCAGGAGCAUGCGGGUCUCGUGAAUCUUAAGAGAGGCGGGCAGCACACGGCAACCGCCAUGGGGAAUGGCCACUUCGGCGAGGAAGGGUACAGCAAGUCGUGCUACAUGAGUCACAUUGCCGUAAUCAAUGAUCAGCACGUUAGGAAUGGGGAGCCCCGUAUCGCUGACAUCGACGUUGAUAAUGAGAAAUGCUACAAUUUAGUUCUCUCGGUUGACGAGAACCAGGGAACUCACAUCUACUUUGGUGGGCCCGGUAGGAGCCCUGAUUGCCCCUGAAUUUGAAUGUAGGCGACGUAUGAAACUCUUUCCGGUUAUAUUUAAUAAGAGAAAUUCAAGGUAUUGAAUGUGACAAUAUUCCUUCAUACAGAGAUCACACAUGUAUGGUUUUAAGCUAUUCUAGUGCAUAUAUAUUAUCUAGAUUAUAUAUAUAUAUAUCUCUAUAUCUAUAUAUAUAAUAUUAUAAUUCGCGCUACAUGAACGAAUAUAUAUAUAUACACGAUAUUAUAAUUCACGCUAUACAUGAACGAAACACCUGGAAAUAGACCUUUAAUCACAGUGA